GUUUGUAUUCGGAGAGCCGAUGCCUCGGUCUGCGCUGUUAAUGCAGGCAGCAAGAUAGCAUCAACCAAGAGCAGAACCACGAACCCUGCUUUGGUUGUGUCAGCGCGUGUGUGUGUGUGUGUGUGUUUGUGCGCAUGUGUUUGAGUCUGUAAGCGAGACACAAAGAAGAAUCCAGUGAUGGCGACCAGUAAAAGUAAAAACCAGAGCUCUCUGGCCCUGCACAAGGUGAUCAUGGUGGGAAGUGGCGGCGUGGGGAAGUCGGCGCUCACCCUGCAGUUCAUGUACGAUGAGUUUGUGGAAGACUAUGAGCCGACGAAGGCAGACAGCUACAGAAAGAAGGUGGUUCUGGAUGGAGAGGAGGUCCAGAUCGACAUCCUGGACACGGCGGGCCAGGAGGACUACGCCGCUAUCAGGGACAACUAUUUUCGCAGCGGCGAGGGCUUCCUGCUGGUCUUCUGCAUCACGGAGCACGAGUCCUUCACGGCCACCGCUGAGUUCAGGGAGCAGAUCCUGCGGGUGAAGGCAGAAGAAGACAAGAUCCCUCUCCUGCUGGUGGGGAACAAGUCGGACCUGGAGGAGCGUCGGCAGGUGUCUGUGGACGAGGCCCGUGGGAAGGCGGAGGAGUGGGGCGUCCAGUACGUGGAGACUUCAGCUAAAACCAGAGCCAACGUCGACAAGGUGUUCUUUGACCUGAUGCGUGAAGUACGAGGCAAGAAAAUGUCAGAAAACAAAGACAAAAACGGCAAAGGUAAAAACAAGAAGAACAAGAAGAGCUUCAGAGAGAGAUGCUGUUUACUCUGAGCUCUUCAUGGACCUGAACAAGCCACAACUCGACUGUAAUGCUGGGGAACAAAGCAGAGCGUCUUUGCCAUUGUCAUUCGAAUGAAAUUUGAUUAGAUUUUUUUAAUAGCUUGUUAUAGUUUAGUGUCUAGAACAAUCUCAACCACUUUGUUGCCAGUUUUAAUUAACGAAACCUGACGUAGUUUUUGUCUCAUUGGGAGAUGACCACUGUUGUGACUGUGACUGCAGUGCUGAUGACGGCUCGCAGGAAGCCGCUGACCAAACUGCCACUGACACUAACGCUGCUGCUGCUGCUCAAGACAUCCUCCACUGUUUAACUCAGCGAUCGUACUGCCUUCGACUUCGGUUAGGUGUGUUUCUGUCAAGUAAACAGUGCCCUUAAUUUCUGUACCGGCUCUAAAUCUUAACCCGCAUAUUUUUUAUGUUUUUUUUUUUGUUUCGGCUCUACGUUCAUCCAUUUACAAGGACUUCUAAUGCUGCUGUCUGUCACAUGUGAAUCAUUAAUGAUGACACUCGCUGUCCUGUCUGUUUAACAUGUUGGCCUCAUCCAUUGAUCUCUCCAGACUCCCGUGUCUUGACAACUUCAGAACGUGUUUGGAAUGGAAUUUUCAAAUAUUUUCAUUUUCCAGCCCCGGAGGCAGCAUUUUUUCUUCUCGCCGGUUCCACAUUGAUUCGUACAGCGCGCUGCAAUCAGAGGAGCUGUUGCCAAACAGGGUUAUUUUAUUUGAUUGUCGGAUUUAUCAGCCUCGACGUGAUUACCACAAAUUAAUCAUAAGACGAUUUGCAGUUUUUCAUGAAGAAAGCUGCGAAAUGAAACGAAACGCCCGGUGACUGAAACAUUUCUGUCGAGGACGUUUAUCGGUUAUUCCUGAAGUCACAGAGCGCCGUGUAGAUAUUUUACCACGUUUAGGUAUUUUGAGGCUGUGAAGAAGAAGGUAACGUGGUUCCCAGUUUACUUUUGUAGAGAAGAAAGUCAGCCUGUUGUUCUUAAUGGUGCUCUGCCAUGUGUGUGUGAUCCAGCCUGGUCCAUCCUCCUCACUGUGCAGAUCCUUUCCUGUUUUACACCACUGUUGAAGUUUAGAGCGUUCCUUGGCUCUGUGCUGUAAGACAGGUGUUGACAAUCCAGGAGGCCAUCCUGCUUCUGCAUCAUCAUCAUCAUCAUCAGUAACUUCUUAUUAACAUUUUGAUGUUCCUUUCUUUCCUUCCUCGGUCUUUUAAAUAACAUGCACUACAUUGCCAAUACCUAAGAAGCGGACUUCAUGCUGAGUGGAGUCGUGCUGGAGAUUUUUAAGCAGUCUGUGCCAACAAAAUCACAAAAAAUACAAAAAGUCCAGCUAUGUCUGUGGAUGUACAGUGUGUGUGUUGAUUAACAGAGUGUGUGUACAUUUAUCAGAAACCCGACUACCUUACUGUGUCUGUGAGUGAAGCUUCGACGAGGGUGCCAGUUUCUGAACUGUUUAAACAAGUGCUACAGUAAACGAGAUGUUUUUACCACUGCCUAAACCAUCCUGUGUAACAUGCCCCCUCUUUCUUUUACUGCCUACUACUGUGAGUAUGCUUCGAUCUGCAGCCACUGUGCUGCUGAAUAAAUGCUGUUUUCUUUGUAA